UCUUUUUUUUUUUUAGUCUUUAGAAUAAGACACCUUUUCAAUAUUGCUGGUAUUGACAUAAAACAGCCACAAAAAAUAAAUUGAAAAAAUAUAGAAUGUUCUUCAAAAACAUGCGUCACUCAUGACGUUCUUUCCUCCUGUCAGAGCCAAAACUUCCGGAAGAAGCGGAAGACAACAGUUGUCGGCUUGUGUUUGACACUUUAAAAGGGGAAUAAAACAGGAGACAUUUCGUUUAAGGAAUUGAAACAUCAACCGUCAACAUGUUUUCUUUUAAUGUUUUCGACCACCCCAUGGUCCGGGGUCCUCAGAAUCGCUUCUCCACACAGUACCGCUGCUACUCGGUGUCCAUGCUGGCAGGACCAAACGACCGCUCUGAUGUUGAGAAGGGAGGCAAAAUAAUAAUGCCGCCUUCAGCUCUUGACCAGCUCAGCAGACUCAAUAUCACCUACCCAAUGUUGUUCAAGCUGACCAACAAAAACUCUGACAGAAUGACACACUGCGGUGUUCUGGAGUUUGUGGCAGACGAGGGAAUCUGUUACUUACCACACUGGAUGAUGCAGAAUCUGCUGCUGGAAGAAGGUGGUCUGGUCCAGGUGGAAAGUGUUAAUCUUAUGGUUGCUACUUAUUCAAAGUUCCAGCCACAGAGUCCUGAUUUCCUUGACAUUACCAACCCAAAGGCAGUACUGGAGAAUGCAUUAAGAAACUUUGCAUGCUUGACAACUGGCGAUGUCAUAGCAAUCAGCUACAAUGAAAAGAUAUAUGAGCUGCGAGUGAUGGAGACAAAACCUGACAAAGCAGUGUCCAUCAUAGAGUGUGAUAUGAAUGUUGAUUUUGAUGCUCCGCUCGGUUACAAAGAACCAGAGCGACGACCUCAGUACCAGGACGAACCUACUGAGGAAGAAGCAGAAUCUAAUAAUUAUGCUGACAUGGACACAGGGUUUAGGGCUUUCUCUGGUUCUGGAAAUCGUUUGGAUGGUAAAACAAAAGGCAUCGAACCCAGCCCUGCACCCCUCUGCCCCAGUGACAUUAAAAGAGGCAUUCCCAACUACGGCUUUAAAGUCGGUAGAAUCACAUUCAUCCGAAACUCCAGGCUUCAGCCUAAGAAAACUGCAGAUGACGAUGAAGCCAUGAACAGAUUCAUCGCCUUCUCUGGACAAGGGCAGUCGCUACGCAAAAAAGCCAGAAAGCCUUGAGAAGUGUGAGGGUGCUGCUCAUGUGCACGAGCUCGACUGACCUUACCAUCACUUUGCACAGCAAAGUACAAAAAAAACUGGUUUUUGGAUGCACAAGGGAUUUUUCCUCUCUGUCCUGGAUGGAUGUUUUGCUGUGGAGCUGGAAUUAAAGUCUGUAAUUAA